CGCCAUCACAAUCAUCAUCAACAUCAUCAUCAGCAUGUCAAAGCUCAAGUCGAAUUCAAGAAUGUUAGAUAUCAACACUGCAAACUCAGAUCAAGAACUAAAUCAUGAAAGAACUCAUUUAAUUCCAAAACUCACAUUCCAACCUGUCUCACCUUCAACUCAGCAUUCUAGACCAUUUCAACCAGACACUCUUUUAACUGAAGAUGAAGAUGAUGAUGAUGAUGAUGAUCUGACUAGCAUACACAAGUUGGUUCAUGAUAUACGUCUAAGACUCUUGGAAUUGAUUGACACACCUUUAUCGACUGAACAACUCACUUCACCACGUAUCACCCUAUCCAUCACUCGUCCACUCGAAUUAGAAUACUUCAAUCUACGUCAUCCUGCAAUCGUCUUUGCUCUGCUAGUCAAUCGAGUUCAAUUCAUCACCGAUUCAACUCAUGCUCUCACUUUACAUUCCGUUAAUGCAACCCGAGCUUCUCUAUGUGAAAUCUUAGCUACCAACGUUUUAAGAAGAGUACAUGAAUCUGAUCUGAUCAAAGAAUCUCAACACCUUUCAAAUCGAUCCAAACGAAUGAAAUCUUCAACUGUGACUCCUAAACUGACACCAGAAGAAGAAGAAAAUUGUUUAUUGAAAUCGGCUAAUGUGUUGGCUACUGCAUUUGAAAUGUUUCAAGGUGCUCCGAUCGAAGUGAUUCGAAAUAUGGAAGCUGAUUG